AUGCGUAAGGGACGCAGCCUACAUCACAGGCUAUGUAUUGUUUUUAGUGUCUUUGAUGACGAUGACGGCCAUAAGCGUGGACAGACUUCUCGCCCUGUUGUUGGGACUGCGAUACAAACAAAUUGUAACUUUGAAGCGCACGUAUAUUAUUGUAACUACCUUUUGGGUUUUAACCUUGUCGCCUCUUUAAGUGGAUUUUUUUUUAUCACCGUAUAUUCUUUAUGUACAGCUCCUUAGUUAUAUCAUUUUGCCUGGUAAUAUCAUUCGCAUCGUACACAAAAAGAUUUUUUCGCACUCUCAGAUAUCACCAGGCACAAGUACGAGAUCAACAACAGCCGAGCCAAACAAAUGCACUGAACAUGGCGCGAUUCAGAGAGGCAGUAUACAGUGCACUGUGGGUGCAGUUAGCAUUAGUUGUUUGUUAUGCACCACUAUGUACAGUGAAUAUUGUGAUCGCUCAUACCAAAAAUAUUCAUUUCUCUUAUUCGUCAUAUAUAAAGUAGCUAUUAUUUUACUUUGCUUCAACUCGACGUUAAACCCGUUCCUAUACUGCUGGAAGAUUAGUGAAGUGAGACAAGCCAUGAAGCAGGCAAUUAGAGAAGCACUUUGCUGAGUUAGGUCAUCCUCGAGUUGUUCCUCAGACUUUGAAAGCAGACCUAUUAAGUCACAAUUAUUAUUGGAGAGCAGUCGUUAAAUACUUUAUUGGAUAAAAGUAAAUUAGUGGCUCAAUAGAAUAUAUAGUUGCACAGGCUGUUGUCGAUAGUCUUUAUAUCUCUGAGAAAAAUUUAACGACAGACUAGGUAACGGUAGUAUGUGUUUUCAAAAAUAUGGUUUCUUGCCGCUAUGCUAAAAUACAAGAUGUCAUAAUCGAAGAAAAGAUAUGCAAACAUUUUACUUUCAUGUUUUCUCCUCUUAGCAGUAUGAAGGUAUCAGAUAAAACUUCGAAGAGGAGUUUAAGAGAUGUGUUUGAGGCCGAUGUUGCGUGUUUCGAGAAAACUAUUUCGACUCAUUUUUCCUGUAAUUAAAAGAAAGCGCUUGACUUUGAUGUUGACGCCAUAUUGCCAAAAGAGACAGUCCAGUUUAAGUCUAGAAUUUGUUUGUUUUGUGAUCAGAAAAUUAUCCGUAAAGCUUAUGUGAAGAAGUUUAUUUUUUCUUGUAUAUUUAACUGAAGGUUACGAAAGUAUAUGAAAUAAAAUUGACCAUCUCUGUUUGUUACGGAAUUUUUUUACAGAUCGAUCGAUGUGCUGAAGUUAUAUUGGCAACGGCGAAAAACAAGUUUCGCAUCAUUGUAAAGAGGUCACCAUAUGUUCAGUUUGUUGCUGGUGUAUCUUUAGGAUGUCUCUGAGUUUUACGGAUUUUAUUUCUUCCAUUUCUGAGUGAUUAACUGCUGUCUCAAAGUUCCUCAAAUGUUUUUUUUUUAUUCGUUUUCAAAGCUUUAGUAUGAGCUCAGAAUUUGCUUCAAUACCAUACCAUCUAAUUAUCGGCCUAAAAACGACAGGUUUAUUUCACCCAUUAAAGAAGUGAUAAAAUAGAUCUUUUAAGACUAAGGAGUCUCAUAUCGUAUUGUAAAACAAAAAAAUAUAGCCCAUGUCUUUGUGUUUGUCAAGGAAAUUCCCUUUCAAUGCUAAUUUGAAAUUAAACUGAAACGUUACCUAGUAAAAUCAACAGCUGGUUGCGACAAACAUCUUUUUGUUUGAUUAGUUUUAAAGCUACCGUCGCUGUACUGAAAAAAAAAAUCCCAGGAAAGAACUCUUUCUGAGGAAGGAUUAACGCAUCUCUUAGCAAUUAAUUAAGUCAUUCAUCUAGUUUUUCUGUCAGCUAAUCCUCCGUCGGUAAAUGAAAUGACUGAUUUGAAGCCGAUCUAAAUUUUGAAUCUAUAAAGAGCAAUUAUUCUGCAAAAACAAAAUUUGCUUUGACCCCAAACUUAAACGAGGCGGCGUAUCUGUGGUGGUUAACUAAUUUCUCCUAAUCUUAAACAGAGUAUUUUUAACGAUUGUUUCGUGCGUCUGUGCGCGGUCAUUAAUAUACGAUGCAUGCAGGAAGUUUGAGGAGCUUGAAAGAUACAUUGGUUGCUUUUAACAAUAAAUAAUAAUAAAUGCUGUUAAUGUAGGUUUAUUCGUCUCGGGAAUUAUUCAACAAUAUUUACUUCAUCUUCUGAAAAUAAUUCUUAAAUAUUUUUAUCGAUUGUUUGAUAGUUUUUAAGUAUACAUUCCGUCAUUUUCCUUCUCGAUCAAUAGAUUAUCAUGUUCACUUUAGCAUAGCCAUGCAUGUAACUCGGGUUAUCGGAGAGUAAUUUUUCCAGGACAAUCGCUGCAAAAUUGAUGGCGAAAGGAGAGAACAAAGAAAAAUGUAAAAGAAACAGCAAAAAAAUUUUUUAAACACGUAAUUUCUUGCUUUUCUUUUGUAUUGUUUUUCGUUAUCUCGGAAACGUAACGGAGAUAAAAGAGCCACAAAAUGUUACCAAUCACACAGUUAAAUUUAAAUAUCUUAAAAUAAGUUUGCAUCUGUGGCCUUACAUCCUCAAACUUAUUCAAUUUGCAUUUUAAAAAGCCAUAAUAUUGAGUGAAUAAUUAUAAAGCGGGAUUGUUUGUUGCAACACGAAAUAAUAAUUUUAAAGAUGUCUUUGAAUAGUUGCUACUUAUUCCUAUUUCAUACGUGAUGUACAUGACAAGUUAAGCACAAAAAAGGCUUUUUUGACACAGCGAACAAUUUUCUGACGUAUUUCAAACGUGUAAACAAUAGUGAGGAGGUUUUUAUUUGAAAUGUUAUAUAGGAAAUAGGGUUUCAGGGAUCGUUCUUGUGCAAUUGGCGUUAACUAAAUGAAAUAUUUUUCUGGUUGCUAUCACAGAUUAACUCAUGACAAGAAUAUUGUCAACUUUUGAAAUAGUUGAUAUAUCCAGUUUAAUGCUGGUCUAUGUUUAAGUUGUCUUCAAGUUUUAUUGAUCCUAUGUCUACCAACUCCGAGUGAUUAACUGUUCCUAACUUUCUCUCCUUUUCUCCUUGAACUCAUUUCCCGAAGCUUUUUCGGAAUUCAGAAUCUAUCACAAUGCAGGGAUAAUGAUUGCACUUAAUUACCGGCCCAAAAGAAUGACAGUAUAUUUAAAUAUACCGCUUAAACCGCUUAUGCUGUCAAUCAAAAACUGACAAAAGAGAGUUUCCUUAUCAUAUCGUCAAACAGAAAUAUUACUGACCCAUGUCUGUGUGCUUGCCAAAGGAAUUAACUUUAAAAGAAGAAAAAUUGUAGAUCGAAAAUGACAAAUGUAAAGUUGGAACAAAAAUUAGCAUCAAACGAAAAGAAAUGAUUAUUUUGGUACCUGAUGGAACCCUGGGAUUAAAACGAUACCGAGCGCGUAGUGCCAUCAUGGCUGGUGCAAAACAAUAGUUUCUCCGCCUCCUUUAUUUUCAGUUAACGCCUAUUUUUCUUAUCUUGUUGACCAAAGGGAUGAAGAAAGGAAAUUAAAUCAUGGGGCGAAAUAGGCAAAAUAGGCAAAACAGUUUUUGUUAAAAAAAACACCAUUAUAAUUUUCCUGACGAAAGGAAAAAAGGCUGGUAGAGAACGAAUUUAAAAAAAUGGUUUGGCGCGCGGCAUACCAUCUUGUUACGGUUUUGUUUUUUAAUAUAAGUCCGGAGACGCAAAACAAAACGGAAAGAAAAAAAAACACGUCUUUACAAAUCGACUCAAGCAUUUAGAAAUACGUUUUCAUCUGUGAUCAAAAUUUAAAUUUGAAUUGUUUGAUGUAUUCGCAGAUUGUCUCCAAUCCAACUUUUCUAAGACCAAGUAAAAUCGCCAGCUUGAAAUUUUUAUUUCCAAUUCUUCAUGGCUACUAAUGAUACAAGUCUGAACUUCACACGAAUGAUUUGGACACCAGGUUAGCACUAUAUCAGUGAAAGUUGAUCCAAGUAAAAGGAGAUUGUUCGUCGUUCUUUUAAAAUAUUAAUACUACAAAUGUCUCUCCAUUGUCUACUUAUUGCCAUUUUAUACCUGAGGCACUUCAAAGGUUCAAUAAGUGGACACAACAGACAAUUUUCUGACGAUUUUAAAUGAGUUAACGCUGAUGAGGAAUUAGUCCAUGUGUAUGAAUACUAUUAACUGAUGUAUGAGGUGUCAUUGAUCGUGGCUGGUUGUGGGCUGUUUAGACGACAUAUUACUCAUUGCAAUCUUAGAUAGCCUACAACAAAUUCCAUAACAAUUGGAAUACAGACGAAAACAAUUGAAGAAGUCCUAUGCUCUCCCUCUUAAGCGGGGGGCAACAAUCAGCAUCAGUUUUCUGCCUGAGGCAUCCCACAGCUACAGAUUUCUGAGGCAUUUUAAAUGAUUGAAAGCUAGUGAGGAAGUCUUAAUUUUUUUUUUAAAGGAAGGUUUCAGUUAGACGAAAUAUUCCUCGUUGCAAGAACAGAGGAAACGAAUGCAGAAUUAUGUCGACAACAAAUUUCACCAGAGGUGGAACACUGCCGAAAACAUCUGAAGAACUGCUAUGCUCCCCCUCUUUGGUGGGUGGGCUUCAACCAGCAUCUUUCGCAUCAGUCAACAUUCUCCUCUCCAUCACAACAUUUCUUAGCAAUUCUCUUAUCCUUGUUGCCCUUCACAAGGAAUCUGCCCUCCAUGCGCCGUCCAAACUCUUGUAUCGUUGUCUGGCAACAACUGAUCUGUUGGAUGGUCUUAGUGCUCAGCCUCUCUAUGUUACCUGUUGGAUGUCCGUGGUUCACGAACACUGGACUCUUUGUUAUUACGAAGAGACAGCAGCCUACAUCAUAGGCUCAGCAUUAUGUGGAGUUUCUUUGUUGACGAUGGCGGCAAUAAGCGUGGACAGACUUCUCGCCCCGUUGGCAGGGCUGAGACACAAAUACAAUACUCAUCACAAUUAGGCAUCGCAUUGGCAAUGGAAGUUAUCUUAGUUUUCUUUAACUCGACGUUAAACCCUUUUCUCUAUUGCUGGAAGAUUACUAAAGCGAGACGAGCAAUGAAGCAGACAAUCCGAAAUGCACUUUGCUGUCCAUGGAGUUAGACCAUCCUCGAGUUAUACAC